AUGGGCACAUUUUUAGCCCGCAAAGUUGGCAAAGUGCGCACGAGGCAAUUGGAAAAGAGGGACGACCAGAUCAAAAUCUCGCCAAAUUAUUAUUCGAAGGAAGACAUUUUUCAUUUUUUGACUCCAUUUGUAACGGCCAUUAGUUCGAAGAAUAGCGAAAGCGGAGCAGCACGUAAGUUAAAAGAUAUAAAAUGCAGAAAACAACCAGCAGUUGGAGAAAAUGUAUUGUUGGCUGCAACGAGGGAGGAAGAACAUUUAGUUUUUCAAACAGUGGAACGGAUCUCGAACGUAUUUUGUUGUGUGGUGUCUGGUUGGGAUGAUAGUGUACACAUAACUCACAUGAGGCUUCCUCAUAUCGUCCAAUCUCACUGUAGCCUACUCUGUCCUGUUGGCUAGUAGCAAUUCAUCAAUUUGGCUUUAGAUCUCAACAUUCUACUUACAAUCGAACAAGUUCAUCGGAUAAGGAGCAUAAUCGAAGAGGCAUAUUCCACAGAGAGCAUAUACAAAAAAAAGUUUCAGAACUAAAACUAAAAUGCAACAAAAUAAACUGGUUAAUCGGGAAGAAAUCACACUUAACAACAUCAAAUAAAAUCUUAGUCUAAAAUCAAAUGUUGAAACCUAUUUGGACAUACGGAAUAUAAAAACAAACCAACCAAUAAAAAUGGUUCGGGGAGUCGUUCGCGAAACGGCAUCGAAGCAUGCAAAAAGAUUACAAAAUCAUGUAAACACUGAAGCCCAACAACUAAGAGAGACUAGAAAUUGCAGAAGCACACUGAAAAGAACAUGAUCAUGAUCUAUUAAGAAUCUAAGAAAAUAAAAAAUAUCAUAAAAUUUAGUUAUUAAGUUUAAUUUAAAAA